UAUCGCUCAGCAAUCCUACUUUAUUCCGCAUCAAAACGUUCACCCGAGAUGUCAGUCCUCUGGGUCCUAUUCAAGAACAGAUGGAUCACCCCACCUGCGCCUUUCGAAGGCUCCUUCGAAGGCAAGACCAUCCUAGUAACAGGCGCCACAUCUGGGAUUGGGCUCGAAGCGGUAGUCAAAUUCGCCGCACAGGGCGCGACUAAAGUCAUUAUGACGGCGCGAGACAAACAGAAAGGCGAAUCCACCAAAUCCGCCAUCGAAAAGCGUCUCGAGAAGAAGGUGGUCCUCGAGGUCUGGGAACUCGAUAUGAAUUCUUACGAAAGCAUUGUCGCGUUUGCCGAGAGAGCAAAGACACUCGAUAGUCUGGAUAUUGCUAUCCUCAAUGCUGGAUUACAUAAGGUGAAGUAUACGCAGUCCGGGAAUGGAUGGGAGGAAGACCUUCAAGUCAAUGCGCUAUCGACCACUCUACUGGCUACCCUACUGCUCCCCACCCUUCUCGCAUCGAAGAAGAAGACGGGCAGGACUGCAGUUCUAGAGUUUGUGAACUCUGGACUACACGAGACCGCCAAACUUCCUUCCAAGGCACGCCAAUCCGAAAAUAUCAUCGAGUUCUAUAACAAACCCGAGAAUUUUGGAGCAUCGAAUCAAUACAGCUUCACCAAGUUGUUCCAGAUGUUCGCGGUCGGAAUACUCUCGAAGAAGGUUUCUGCUGAAGAUGUCAUCGUCACGUCCAUCUGCCCCGGACCAGUCUUAACUUCCAUCGCGCGCGACAUAUCGUUCCCCGGCAUAUCCCUCAUCAAAUACAUCGCCAGCCUCCUCGCCAUGCACACCCCCGCCAUCGGCGCCAACGUCAUCUUAACCGGCACAGCGCAGGGCCCCGCCUCCCACGGCAGAUUCUGGAACAUGGGCGUCAUCAAACCCGUUGCGCCGACCUUGGCGGGCGUCGAGAACGAGAAGCUCGGUGAGCAGGUGUGGCGCGAGAUGGUUACCGUUUUGGCGAAGGAAGUUAGGGGCGUUGAUGUACUGGGGGUGGUGAAGGGGUUGGAUGAGGUGGGGGUGUAA